AUGGCUUGCUGCAUGUUACAUAACUUUUUGAUAGCUAAGUCAUCAAGAACAUAUACUCCUCCAGAGUGCUUUGACUAUGAUGAUACGGAAGGAGGUGUGACACAUUUUAGGUUGAAUUCACAAGGUUCUAAUAAGUCUAGCUUGCAACGAAGACCAUUUGGAAAUACAGCGAAUGCCGUAAAAGAAGUUAGGGAGGCCUUUAUGAGUUAUUUUACGAAUGAAGUGAACUACAAAAAAGAAGAUUUGCUUGAAUUAACUAAAGGCGAACCGACGUGUCUCCAGUGUCUAACGGAUGGAAUAAUGUGCAUCAGUUGCGGGGAGUGUUAA